AUGAUAAUAACUAAGUUUGACUUGCAGGUUUCAGCACUUUUUUCUGAAACUCCAGUCUCUCUUCGGGAAAUUUGCAUUUCUUGGAUCCCUUUAACUGUGGCCAUGGCGUUUUCAUGUUCAGCUGUAUGGUUCCAGGUAUCUUCUCAGAGCUCUGUAUCUGAAGACAAAGGCAAACAGAAAAAACAGUUCCUAGCACAAGAGAAAGCAAAAAGCAGUAAGAAAGAUGGAACACAAAUUAAAGUUCAAGGAAAAUUCAAUAAAACUGACCACAAGGCUAUGAGAAUUGAAGGAAAGACAACUAAAUUGAAGGUUGAAGGAAAAGAAAAGAUCAGAAAGGUGGACAAAAAACAAAAACGUUUUAAUGCUGGAGAGAAAGGUCCAAAACGUUCAGCAAAAGUCAGACAGGAUCAAGGAUCACGGAAACGGGGCCGUCCACCAAAAGAAGAGAAAGAUGCUGUAGACCCAGAACCUAGUACUGUCAAAAGAAUGGCCAUGGGAUUGGUUGCAGGAUUUAAGUGGCAAGCUAAUCAGGUAAAGGACGACCCACAGUUUCAUCACUUUCUGCUCAGUCAGUCUGAGAAGUCAGGUGGUUCAUACCAAGCAGUCAGCAAGAAACUAAAGCUAUCAGAAGAGGUCGCCGGAUCAACUUCAAUACAGGCAGCAGACAGCACAGCAGCCAAUGGCAGCAUUAGCCCAACAGAAAAAAGGAUCGGUUUUCUGGGGCUAGGCUUGAUGGGCAGUGGCAUUGUUUCAAACCUGCUAAAGACAGGACACAAUGUUACUGUCUGGAAUCGCACCGCAGAAAAGUGUGAUUUGUUCAUCCAGGAAGGAGCACGGUUAGGAAGGACACCAGCAGAAGUAGUCUCUCAUUGUGAUAUCACUUUCACUUGUGUGUCUGAUCCAAAAGCAGCAAAAGACUUGGUACUUGGUCCCAGCGGUGUCUUGCAAGGAAUCCGGCCCGGCAAGUGCUAUGUGGACAUGUCAACAGUUGACCCUGAAACAGUUGCUGAGCUGUCACAGGUAAUUAUUUCUAGAGGUGGCAGGUUCCUGGAGGCACCUGUGUCAGGGAGCCAACAGCUCUCCAAUGAAGGUAUGCUGGUAAUCCUAGCUGCAGGUGACAGUGGACUAUAUGAAGACUGCAGCAGUUGUUUCCAAGCAAUCGGUAAAACCUCAUUCUUUCUAGAUAUUGUGAUGGAUAAGUGGCUGAAACCAGGCACAAAAGAGCUGACGCAUGAUAUGAGCAUGGAGUGUGAUCAGAGUACUUCUCAAGACAUGUCCAACAUUUUGGUGCAAAACACUAACCAGGCACAGUCCUUAGUUUCUCAAAGAGGGAAAAAGAGAAAGUACUGUGAUGGAUACAUGAAAUAUGGAUUUUCGUAUGUGGGAAAUGAAGACUGUCCUAAGCCCCAAUGCGUGGUGUGUGGGGAAGUGCUGUCAAAUGGUAGCAUGAAACCUUCCCUACUUUUACGACAUUUAGAAACAAAACAUGCUAACUAUAAAAACAAAGAAUACAGUUUUUUCAAACGGUUAGCGGAAAAUAACAAAAGAAUGAAUCUGACAUCAUACAUCCUGUCAGGUAACAAAGACUACGAAAACGCAGUUGAAGCUAGUUACCGUAUUAGUUACCGUAUAGCAAAAUGUGGUAAAAGUCAUACCAUAGCCGAGACUCUAAUAUCUCCCUGUAUAACAGAUGCCGUUCGAUGUAUGCUUGGAGAAGAACAUGUGCGGAAAAUGACCACCAUCCCUCUUUCGAACAAUACAAUAUCUCGAAGAUUUGAAGAGAUGUCUGAUGAUGUUGAAAUGACAGUAAUAGGUAGAAUUAAAAGCAGUAAUAUUUUUGCUAUUCAAGUUGAUGAAAGUACAGAUGUUGCCAAUUGUGCUAUUUUGCUUGUUAUUGCAAGGUAUUUGAAAGAUAAUGAAGUUGAAGAAAACCUUUUGCUUUGUCAUCCUCUGUCACAACGCACAAGGGGUGAGGAUAUAUUUAAUGUUAUUGAUUGUUAUUUCAAAGAAAAGGAGAUUAAUUGGUCUAACUGUUGUGGAUUAUGUACCGAUGGUGCCAAGUCUAUGUCAGGGAUUUACUCUGGUCUUCGUGGUCUUGUCAUGAAGGUAGCUCCCAAUAUAAGUUGGAGCCACUGUUGCAUCCACAGACAAAGUUUAGCAUGCAAGAACCUCCCUGGUGAAUUAAAAGUUGUUUUGGAUGAAGCUGUGAAAGUGGUGAAUUUUAUAAAAUCAAAGUCCACAAACUCAAGAAUUUUCAAAGCUCUGUGUGAAGAGAUGAUGAGUCCUCAUUCUACUCUGCUCCUUCAUACAGAAGUAAGGUGGCUUUCUCGUGGUAAAGUACUUACCCGGCUGUUUGAACUUAGACAUGAAGUCCAGGUGUUUUUUGAAGACCAUCCUUUCUUCCUUGCUUCCAAGUUACACGACUGUAAUUGGCUUCAGGCACUUGCAUAUUUAUCAGACAUUUUCCAGAUUAUAAACAAAUUAAAUUUGACAUUUCAGAAUAGCUCAAUAACUAUCUUCAAUGUCUCAGACAAAAUUGAAUCUAUGAUUAAAAAAAUAGAUUUUUGGAGGUCAUGUCUUGAAAAUGGCCAAACUGAGGUAUUUGAAACUCUGCAUAAUUUCUUAUCUGAAAACAAGCUUAAUCUAUCCCGGGAAAUAAGGAAGAAAAUAAAUGAACACUUAAAUGGGCUAAAAUCGGACUUCCAGAAGUACUUCCCCAAACUUGAAGAAGAAAUCUAUUGGAUUUCAAAUCCUUUUGAAGAACAAUAUGUCCAGGCAGCUAAAUUAUCAGUCAAGGAGAAAGAGAAGUUGAUUGAACUUUCAACUGAUAGUACUUUAAAUGCUGAAUUCAAAGGACACUUUCUUAUUAACUUUUGGGCAAACAUCAGCAGAGAAUACGAACAGCUUUCUGACAAGGCCCUUUUGCUUCUUUUGCCAUUUACAAGUACUGAACUAGCAGAGAGAGCUUUCUCUUCUUAUGUCUUAAUUAAAAACAGAUAUCGUAAUAAGCUGAAUGCAGUUCCAGAUUUACGAUUACACCUUUCAUCAGUUGAACCCAAUUUCAAAAAACUAUGUGCCUCAAAACAAGCACAAGGCUCACAUUAAAUAUGUGCAAGAUAAAGUUGCUUAAUAAUUGUUUGUAGUUUGAAAUUUUAUUAAGUUUGAAAUGUUUAAUUGUAUGAUAACUUUAUAACUUAUUUAUAUGUAUCGCUGAUAUAUAGACUGUUUGUUCACUUUACUAUUAAAGAUUGUUUUUUAUUAUUAAA